AUAAAUGCAACAUCAUAAUUUUCCCUUCAUCAUCACAUUCUCAAAAUAGAGUUAACAAAAAAGAAACGCAAAUUAAGAUCACAAAUAUGAACAACACAAUGAUCUCCACCACCAGAGCUCAAACUUCCUUGUACACAUCUUCAAAGCUCAAUCUCUCAACUCGAACAUCUUUUCUUGAGCCAACCACUCAUUUUAGCUUCAACACCCGAUUCUCCAGAUCAACUUUUCCUCUCAGAACCAACUCCAAAUCCACCAGAAUCGCUCCAAUCAUGGCCGCGGCCACCGCGACUUCCGUCACGGAAACUGUUUACGCCGACACGCAGAGUUUCUAUGGGCUACUUGGCAUCUCAGAAACUGUAACCCUAUCAGAAAUCAAGAAAGCGUAUAAACAACUAGCAAGAAAAUACCAUCCAGACGUUUCGCCCCCCGAAAGAACCGAAGAGUACACGCAGAGGUUUCUCCAGGUUCAAGAGGCUUAUGAAACGUUGUCCGAUCCUGAAAGCAGAGCUGUGUAUGACAGACAUAUCAGUAGAGGUGGGUUGCAGACAAUUUUCUCAGCAAGAAAGAGAUCAAACCAGGAAGUUGAUGAUAAGAGUGAGUGGGAAGACAGGUGGCAGUCUCAGCUUUCAGAGCUGAUUAGAAGAAGCAAUAUUAGCAAAGAUGCAGAGAACAUGAGCUGGGGAAGUAGAGUGAGAAGCCAACAAAAUUGCAGCAACUAGAAGAUGAUGAUGAUGAUCAUGAAUUGUAUGGAGUUUUUUUUUUCUUGUUUCUUUUUUGCUCUUUUUUUCUGCAGAAGUUUGUUUCUGUAAUGAUUCUGAUAAGAGGGAAAAGGAAAAGGAAUUAAUUACAAGUAAUCUUGCUUA